CGUGACGUCACGGGACUUUGUUUACAGUGAUAGGAAAAAGGAGGAGGAGAGCUUCUUUAUACAAUAUUUAUUCUCCGACUCACCUCUGAAUCUAAGUUGCUCAUUUACCGUGAUCAUAAAUAGUUAAUACACCAUGUCGGUGGCGACAGCUGGUGGGUCACGCAGCUACAACUUCAAGAUCGUCCUAUUGGGGGAGGGCUGUGUGGGCAAAACCAGCCUUGUCCUCAGAUACGUCGAGGACAAGUUCAAUGAUCGUCACAUAACAACAUUACAGGCAUCUUUCCUGACCAAGCGAGUGAAUCUAAAUGGGAAGCGGGUCAACCUGGCCAUAUGGGACACAGCUGGACAGGAGCGGUUCCAUGCUCUAGGUCCAAUCUACUACCGGGAGUCCCAUGGUGCCAUCCUGGUGUAUGACAUCACUGAUGAGGAUUCUUUUCAAAAGGUCAAGAACUGGGUGAGGGAGUUGCGUCGAAUGUUAGGGGAUGAUAUCUGCCUUAUCAUUGCUGGGAACAAGACAGACCUGGAACGAGAGCGACACGUGUCCCUGGAAGAAGCAGAAACGUAUGCAAGAGAGGUGGGGGCACUCCACUUCCUUACAUCAGCUAAGUUGAACCAGGGUGUGGAAGAGCUUUUCUUGGAGUUGACCCGCCGCAUGCUGCAAACAGCAUUAACAAAUGACCAGCAACGGAUUAACUCUCUCACCAGGGGUGGCAGCACUGCUACUCGUAACUUGCAGAUUGUAGAUGAUCAAGUUGCUUCUUCCAGUGGCAAAUCUUCUUGCUGUAGCUCCUAGGUAUUGAUUGCAAAAUCAGAAGAGCUAUCAUCCCACUCCACUACAGGAAUAUAUCUUGUUUGAUUAUGUGACAGUCACACUGUCCAUAUGAUUAUAGGUAGUGACUAAAUCCUUGAUUCAUUAAACCAUUAUCACCAUCAUCACUCAUAAUUUUCUUCCUCAUGCCUGUAACUUGAGUGUUCCUUAUCAGGGACGUUUGAUGCAUAUAGUGUGGGUUGUACCUCUGUUGAGGUUAGUGGAAAAUGAUUGUGUUAUUAUUAAUGUGAUAACAGAAAUCAUUCCCUUUUACAACUCAAGGCAGUAAAUUUGGUGACAUCUCAGAGGAAUGCAUUUCAAGACUGUAAUGUAUUGUCAGUCAGUGCUGAUGGAGAAUAAUAGUAGUUUCCUCUUACAGAUUGUAAUAUAUUUAUAAUUCACUGCCAUAAGGUUCUUUCAGUAAUUGACUACUUACAGUAAUUCACUGCUUAUAUAUUGUAUACCAACAACUAUAAAAUAAUUUAUUCUGUAUUGUAAUCCAUCAACAAUAGUCUUAGACAUUACAAAACAAAUGCCAUGGUAUAUGUGAAUUAAUCUUAAAUUUAUUGGCAAGCAAAAAUUUAUCAAAUAGCAGCAGCAUUAUGAAUGAGGUAACUUUUAUGUAUUAAGAUUUGCAUGUCACAGUUUAGAAACUAUAUUGCUACAUUGUGGAGUGUCAUAAGUUCUUUGAGAUUUAUGGAUGAAGUUAUUGCAGGGCAAAACAGAUCUAUGAGUUAAGAUAUAUUGAUAUAUAGAUCUAAUGAUCUAAUCUUAAAUUCCUUUUUCCACUGGCAAGAUUUCUCUCUCUCUCUCUCUCUCUCUCUCUCUCUCUCUCUCUCUCUCUCUCUCUCUCUCUCUCUCUCUCUCUCUCUCUCUCUCUCUCUCUCUCUCUCUCUCUCUCUCUCUCUCUCUCUCUCUCUCUCUCUCUCUCUCUCUCUCUCUCUCUCUCUCUCUCUCUCUCUCUCUCUCUCUCUCUCUCUCUCUCUCCAUAUUUUGUCAAGCAAAGAUGACCAAAGUGAUGACACUUGAUGCAUUAUGUGAUGUUUCCUACUUACAUGUGAACCAACUAUAAAUGAUAGUUAGAUCAAGAUAUGGCCAAAACUAUGGGAUGACAGUUUCUGAUUUUAUAGAAACGUAAUAACAUGAAAUCUAUUUUCUGUCUUCAUGAAGAAAGAUAUUCAAGUCUAAAUUUUGACCUAGUUCAAUAAUCUUUUGGAAUAACUGAGACAGAUGAAGACAGUGUAUUGAAGUUAGAUAUAUCUAUUUUUUUUUAUUGGACAGGUCAGACUAGUCAAUGAAGAAAACCCUCAAAUGACUGGUAUGUUCCUGUCUUUACUUUUGUUUUUACCUGCUAAUGAUAUUUUUCCUCAUUGUAGUAUCUUAUUUCAUUGGUUUAUUAACUCCUAAAGGACAAGGACAUUUCUCACAGACAUCCCUCUCAGCCAGGUUAGUUUUGACAAUUCCAUAAAACUAAGUUAUUUUCUGUCACCAGUUUCUCAAUUCUGCCUCAAAGAAUUAAUGAAAAUGUAAUAGUAUCACACUUAUUAAUUUUUCCUCUUCAAUCUCCAACAAACCUGAACUCUAGAUGAUAUGGUGUGUCUGUGGUGAAGUGAUGAAGUGAAGUAACUUUUUGCCCUUUCUCAUCCUGUAUUUGAAUGGUUGUGUGCCAUGCAGUAGCUUGGCUGGGGCAAUACCUCUUUUAUCUGCUUCACUCACAAGUAUCUCUUGGUCACUCACUCACAUGAAUGCCUAAAUCUAUCAUUCUGCAGACACACUAAAGGAAAUAGAAUUAUUGUCUGUCACUUAUAAUGCAAUAGAAAUUAUAAUAAUCAUGGCUGGGAGGAUGUAUAUGAACGAAACAGUUUAUUAAUGUUUUAUUUUUUCUGCAAUGAAACCACUUUUCAGACUUGAAAGAAUAACUUCUAACUCUCCCAGUAGCAUUUUCAAUAAGGUGCUGUUUUGGACCAUAUUUGCCCAUAUUAGCCACUUACCCUUGUCUGAGGAUAGAAAGGAAGAAUGAUUACUAUGGUUUGUAGAACACUGAGGCUCAGAAGGGGACAUAAAUAUGAGGGAAGGAUGUUCACUGGCAAAUAUGUAAAUUUUCACAUAAAUUUGAAAUUUGCCUGCAAAAUGGAUAUCAAGUAUAUAUACCACUCAUCCUUUAUGUUGCAUCAACUAUAGACACCACCCAGCCUUUAGGGGCUUAAGACAGUGCUUUUAUAUACUUUUUGUACUGAAGAAUCUUGCAGUAUGGUGCUGUGGAAAUAGUUCACUCCCCUGUAGGCUAAGAUGUCUGGGAAUGUUUGUAUAGUAUGUAUGGAAUGUCUUUUGUAGCUGUGCCCCUUUAUGGUGAAUGACAUGAUAUACAGGUAAUUAAACUGAGAAUUUAGGUGCUUUUAUAUGUAUGCAGUAUAUAAAGAUUCUUCCUGUCAAGUUGAUCUUCUAGAGCUUUAUUUAAAAAAUUCUGGAUUUAUUUAUUUGUUUAUUAUUCUUGUAUUUUAUUUUACAUAGAUUGCUUUAUUAUUGUUUUAUUAUUUAUUCAUUUGUACAUUUAUUUAUCUUUUUUUCAUGUCUCAGGGCCAUCAACAAAGAGCAAAAAAAAAAAAAAAAAAAAUUACAUACCAUGCUGCUCCUAUGUAGGGAGUAGAAGAACCAUAAUGAAUGGAUAAUUUAGUUUCUGAGUUGUCAAUAUAUCUUUUCUUCAAACAUCAAAUUGUAAUCUGGUGGAAAAAUAGAAGUGCGAAGAAAAAUUCCAGUCUACCAGUAAAAAAAAAUGAAAAUUAAUACCAUCAGCUAACUGAUGCAGAUGGACAGAAUGGGUGAUGAGUAAGUAAAUGGUUUUGCUCAUCAGGACUGCAGAAGGGAGUGUGGAAGUGAACAGUAGGCAAGUUUAGAUAAGCAUUUUUGCCCUGGUGAGUGAGCAGAUCAGGAACUCUAUUGAAUAGCAGGAAUCAAUGAGACAAUAAAGUGUUUGAUUUCAGCUUUAGGACUUCCAUAUGUGUGUCAGUAGUACUUCAUAUACGUACUCGUAUAGCCAGACAAGGCAAGAAAAGUGGAGAUGACACAGAAAACCUAACUUACAGAAAUUUUUUAGUAAGAAAAGAGACAAGAAGUCUGGAGAAUGGAAGAUAAUUUGUUUUAAGAUUGUGUCAAGUGAAUAAGUUUAGGGAAUACAGAACAACACAAAGUUUCCCCUACCCCACUCUUAGAUUAUAUGAUCAGAGUUAUGCUUUUGUUAUCAAAAGUCAAGAAGAGAUUACUAGUCAGACUUUUAUAUUUCUUAUUAACAAAACAUUUGUCAGGUGAAGAACAAAUUUGGCAUAAUUUCAGGCAGACAAAAACCAUGUGUUUCAGGAGAUAAAAAGCUAAUGUACCAGCAGUGAGCAUCUUCUCUAUCUUAGUCUAACCUUGUGACUUUGAAUGUAGUUUUUCCCAAUUUGUAUUUUACUAUAAGAAUAUUACCAUAUAGGGCAUCCUGUGCAGAAUCUGAUCUAUGGUAAACACUUAAAACUUACCUUUGACAUAUAUUACAGUAAUAUUAAUCAGAGUAAUAUUUACCAACUUUAUAGCCUGUACAUAGUUUUCCUUACAGAAGCUGUGCCCUAUACUUUUCAUGAAUAUAUUACAUUUGACUUUCUUUUUUAAUUAGCUUUACAAAGAUUAUCUGGAAAUGAUGAUGUGUGUGAUCAUGUGAUAUUUGAGCAUUAUCUGAACCUUUUAUGUAUAUAGUCAUGGUCAACUUUUCUUGAAUAUUUUACAUACUUUGACUUUCACCUUAUUUUUGAAAGGCUUAUUUGUAUAUACAUGAUUUGUGUGAUCAUUAUAUGUAACUUGUAGCUACAAAUACACAUGGACAUACUAAA